AGUUUCAAGGUUCUUCUCCGCACCACCUCCGAGACAUUCAGCAGCUUCUCAUCAUCAAGCACUCAUCAAUCACCAUGGCCCCAGUAACUCUCACCACCGUCGACCAUGACCUAAAAGAAAUCAUCCAACACCUGUUCGAGAUCCAAUCCGCCGUCCACGGGUACCUCGGUCCGGAGACCCAACAAGAGCUCGUCCGGAAGAUCAAAAACCUCACCCUCGCCCUCCAAACCCUCCAAACCCACACCGCCCCCACCAACCCGGACGCCACCUCGACUGCCAGCAGCAACCCCACCACCACCAACCCGCAGGACCCCCCCCUGGGGAGCGUGCAACUCCCGCCGGAGAUUAUCGAUUACGUGGACGCGGCGCGCAACCCGGACAUCUACACGCGCGAGUUCGUGGAGCUGGUGCAGCGCGGCAACCAGGACCUCAAGGGGAAGAAGGAGGCCUUCCGCGGGUUUCGGGACGUGCUGGCGCGGGAGAUCCGCGGCGCCAUGCCCGAGUGUCGCGGGGAGGUGAGGCGGGUGUUGGAGAUGACGGGGGGGGAGGAUUGA